AGCUCCAUAGUGCGGAGAGUGUCUUCAUACACGCCAAAGCGAUUAGACGACAACUUUAGCGAAGGGGGAGUGCAUCCACGCUCAUUUUUUUCCCUCCAAGGAUUUGACUACCUGGGAUCACCUUACACUUUGGCUAGAGAUAGACAGCAACUCUUCAAGAAGACGUUUCAGCUUUAUGGAUUGUAGGCAACACGUCCAGAAUUUAUCCGUCAGGUGCCUGUUUAAGAAACAAGACCCAGAGAAAGCGUUACCUGAGUGCAGCUUAACGUUUUUUAAAGGAUUAGAAAAGGAGGAGAUCUUCACAUUGCUCUUGGGUUUUAAAAAGUCUUCCUUUGGAUACAGUUGUCUUUUUUUCUGAAUGCAUGUUUUCCUAAGUGGGAGUAGAAGGCUAGCAGCAACACAAAGGGUACUGCCAACUUUCUGUUGAAACCAGACUUUCAAAGACCAUGGCUGCUGCUAGCUUGUGUUUGGCAAUCCACUUCCUGGCUGUCUGGAUCUCGGGGUCCUGUAAUCCAAUACUUUCAGCUCCCCGAGUGCAGCUAACGUUUAAAGAUCUAAAGUCCACUGGGACUGCACAGCAUUUCUCAUUCUUCCUGAACACAACUGACUAUCGGAUAUUACGCAUGGAUGAGGACCAUGACAGGAUGUAUGUUGGGAGUAAGGACUACAUCUUAUCUUUGGACCUGCAUGACAUCAACAAGGAACCACUUAUAAUCCACUGGCCGGUUUCUCAGCAAAGGAGGGACGAAUGUGUUUUGUCGGGUAAAGACACCAAUGGGGAGUGUGGCAACUUUAUUCGCCUGAUUGAGCCAUGGAAUCGAACCCAUUUGUAUGUCUGUGGUACAGGAGCCUACAACCCCGUAUGCACAUAUGUCAAUCGAGGCCGGAGGCCGCAGGCCCCCCUACACCUGCAGAUGCCCCAACCGGGAGGGAGGGCCAGCAGAGCCGCUGACAGCACCACCACCGCUCUGCCAAUGGAUCACAAGGAAUACAUCUUCUACUUGGAGCCAGGAAAAGUGGAAUCUGGGAAAGGGAAGUGUUCCUAUGACCCCAAACUCAACAGCGUGUCCGCCUUAAUCAAUGGAGAACUCUACGCUGGUGUGUACAUCGACUUCAUGGGAACAGAUGCAGCGAUUUUCCGUACGAUGGGGAAGCAGACGGCUAUGAGGACCGACCAGUACAACUCCCGAUGGCUUAACGAUCCACAGUUUGUUCAUGCUCAGUUAAUCCCAGACAGCGCAGAGAGGAAUGAUGACAAACUCUAUUUUUUCUUCCGAGAAAAGUCUUCGGAUGCAGGUCAGAGUCCGGUGGCUCAUUCCAGGAUUGGACGAAUUUGUCUGAAUGAUGAUGGCGGUCACUGCUGUCUGGUGAAUAAAUGGAGUACUUUCUUAAAAGCUCGGCUUAUCUGCUCUGUUCCUGGGCCAGAUGGAAUCGAGACACAUUUCGAUGAAUUGCAGGAUGUUUAUAUACAGCAAACGCAGGACAUCAAAAACCCUGUCAUUUAUGCAGUAUUUUCUACCUCAGGGUCUGUAUUUAAAGGAUCAGCUGUGUGCGUCUAUUCUAUGGCUGACAUCCGAAUGGUGUUUAAUGGACCUUUUGCACAUAAGGAGGGACCCAACUACCAGUGGGUUCCUUACUCAGGCAAGAUCCCUUAUCCCCGCCCUGGCACGUGCCCAGGAGGUACUUUCACCCCCAACAUGAAAUCCACAAAGGAUUACCCUGACGAAGUGAUAAACUUCAUGAGGAACCAUCCCACCAUGUACAAUGCUGUAUAUCCAGUGCACAGGCGCCCUCUUGUGGUACGGACCAAUGUCAACUAUGAGUUCACCACCAUCACGGUCGACCAGGUGGAUGCAGCAGAUGGCCGCUAUGAAGUGCUUUUCCUGGGAACAGACAAAGGCACAGUUCAGAAGGUGAUUGUCCUUCCAAAAGAUGACAUGGAAACAGAAGAGCUUAUUUUGGAAGAAGUGGAGGUUUUCAAGGUUCCCAUUCCAAUUACAACGAUGAAACUUUCCUCCAAAAGGCAACAGCUCUACGUGGCCUCUGCACUAGGAGUUACGCACUUGGCGCUGCAUCGCUGUGACAUCUAUGGAGAGGCAUGUGCUGACUGCUGCUUGGCACGCGACCCCUAUUGUGCCUGGGAUGGCAAGUCAUGCUCACGGUACUCUGCAUCCUCAAAAAGACGAAGUAGAAGACAAGAUGUGAGGCAUGGUAAUCCCAUGAGGCAAUGCCGAGGCUAUAAUUCUAAUGCUAACAAAAAUACUUUAGAGAUGGUUCAAUAUGGAGUGGAGGGGAGCAGCACCUUCCUAGAAUGCCAAGCAAGGUCCCCACAAGCCUCCCUAAAAUGGCAUCAUCAAAAAGACAACAGCGAUCGGAAAAAAGAGAUGAGAACAGAUGACCGUGUGUUAAAAACCGAUCAAGGCCUCCUUAUCCGUUCUUUGCAGUCAUCAGAUGCAGGAACCUACCUUUGCACAGCCACGGAAAACAAUUUUAAGCACACCUUAGUUCGCCUUCAGCUUCUCGUGCUGUCUAGUUCAGCGGUCAACGCCGUGCUGGCAGAGUCGAGUGCACCAUACGUGGCCGCGCUCCAGUCCAGUCCUCGGACUCCCACUACUGGACAAUAUAAGGACCUGCUGCAGAUUCUCAGCCAGCCCGAGAUGGGACUCAUCAACCAGUACUGUGAGGACUAUUGGCAGCUAGGUGGAGCCAUUCCAAAGGAACCACUGCUGGGCGCCAUAAAAGGAAAAGAACUUAAAGAACUCAAGGAACAAAAGAAACCUCGGAAUCGGAGGAAUCACGUGGAAGAGACUGGAGGGCAACAGACAUGAGGGAGGAGGAGGAGGAGAGUGAGAAAAAGACUGAAAAGAAAAAUCAUAACAAGAAACGCAACUAAAAAGUUAUUCCGAACUGACAUUGAUCUCUUUAACAGUUUAAGAAACAACACAGUAUUUAUUGUAGGUUGUACAUACUAUGAUUCGGUGGAUUUCUUUGUACUUAAAUAGGAGAGGCUCUUUGUGUAUAGAUACCUUCUGGGCAAAUAUUAUUAUAAUUAUUAUAAAAAUGA